AAGUGACGAUUAUUACAGAGUCCCGUCCCCUCACCCCACUUCAGCCCAUCGCCAACAAGGUCCAGGGUCACCAUCAUUCCUUCCAUGCCGUCCACAAGCCCUGUCGCAUCCUUCUCUUGUCAAUUUGGCAGCUCACAACCACACGUAGCGCGCAAGCACCAUCGUGAGCGCGCAAUCGACCGACCUCUUCUUCACCGAUAGCAUACUAAGCUGCCGUCGUGUGCUCAGCAGCAACAGUCCGCCUCGCCGACUGUAUCUUCGGCUUGACUUGUGGCGCGCGUGGCGCUUCGACCGCUUAUCUCCGUCUCCUUGCGUCCGCCCAUGUCGCGCUGAAGCAGGCAUUUGUACUCUGUCUGUGGCUACCGCACGGUCAUGGCGACCUCCUUCGACUUCAACAGCAUGGCCAGACGAGCCGAUGGUGGCGACGCUGCUAACAUGCCCUCACCUCCGUCACCCGUACAACACGAUGCGCCGUCCCAUCACCCGCAUCACCCGAGCAAUGUCACCAUUUACCAGACGACCGGCCUUGAUGCUCACACUGGUCCCAUCCUUGCGCCGGGCUCGGGCGCACCGGCGUUGAACCCGCGGUCCUGCGUCACCUGCCGCCGCCGCAAGGUCCGUUGCGACAAGCAGAUGCCCUGCUCCAACUGUCGUCGCGCCUUGAUCCCGUGUGUCUUCCCGGCCCCCGGUCGGGCCCCUCGUCAGCAGCGACCCAAGGACCCAAAUGCGCCGCCAAAGAACUCGACCCAGCGUGAGGUGGAGCUUAUCAAGCGCCUGAGGAAGCUUGAGGGCAUCGUGGAAGAGCUCAGCGGUCAAAUUGAGGUCGAGUCGGGCAAAGCGCCUUCCACAGCUAGCUCCCCAACCGGUGCGCUGGAAAGCUUGCAGCAGAGGCAAGGGUCCGGCAACUUGGACUCUCUCGCCACAGGCAGCCCACUAUCGCGACACCCCGAACCGACCACCGCUCAGGACAGCGAAUCGGCCAUCAAGAAGGAUAUGCAAAAGAACUUUGGGCGAAUGGUCCUCGAUGACCAUAGUGGCACACGUCGAUACGUCAGCAGUGGGUUUUGGUCCAAGCUGAAUGAUGAGCUGGACUCUAUCCGCGAGGAAACGCAGCGCCUCACUGACGAGGAUGACGACUCGGAAUACGAAGGCACGCCCACAGACUCACCCGCAACCGGCGUUGGCUCCCUCUCCGACCACCAUUCGUUUGUGCUUGGCUACCGCUCGGCAGACGUGAGCCUGAAAAAGUGCCAUCCUUUGCCGUCUCAUAUCACGUUCUUGUGGUCCGUGUAUCAGGAAAACGUGGAACCGCUGGUGAAGCUGCUGCAUGUACCAACUACGGACAUGGUGAUGCGAGAGGCCAGAAGAGAUAGCGGAAAGCUUUCGCCUGGCAACGAGGCUCUAACAUUUGCCAUUUAUUUCGCGGCAAUUACCUCGCUUGAGCCUGAAGAGGUCGAGACCAACUUCGGCUCCAGCAAGGAUGAAGUUCUUGCGCAAUACCGAUUUGCCCUCGAACAGUCGCUCGCCAAGGCCAAUUUCCUAGACACCUCCGAUCUCGCUGUUGUUCAAGCCUUUGCUCUGUUUCUGAUUGUGGUCAGGCGCCACGACGAGAGCCGCUUCUGCUGGGCCCUGUCAGGCCUUCUGAUACGCAUCGCUCAGGGGCUGGGGAUCCACAGGGACGGGACUCACUUUAACCUCUCUCCCUUUGAUACGGAGAUUCGGAGGCGCCUCUGGUGGGCCAUCCUGAUGUUGGACCUGCGAUCGGCCGAAGAGCUCGGCACGGACAUGACGAUUGGCGAGCGAUCGUACGACACCAAGAUCCCCAGCAAUAUCAACGAUGCGGACAUUAGUCCUGAAACCGUUGAGCCUCCGACGCCGCGCGAGGGCCGGUCGGAUACUGCCGUCUCGAUCGUUCGGGCCGAAAUUUGCGUUCUCUCACGUCGCUUGGUCACGGCCUCCUCGGCCAUGGCCUCUCUCUGCCCCAAGGUCGACGAAGGGAGUAUUGAAGACCGGGAGGCUAUGUUGAUCGACGUAUACCGUCGUAUCGAGAACAAAUUCUUGAAGCACGUUCUCGACGAGACGGAUCCUCUCUAUUGGGUCGCUGCCAUGAUUGCUCGCGUCAUCAUGGCCAAAAUGUGUCUUGUCAUAUACCAGCCGAUGCUCUUCCCUGGAUCCAACUAUGAGCUAUCGGGCGAAAUUAGGCAACGCAUCUACGUGGCAGCCAUCGAGGUCAUCGAGUAUGGGCACAAGCUGAAUACUGAUCCCAGAUGCAAGCAGUACCGAUGGCUUUUCAAGACGUACACCAACUGGCACGCCAUCGCAUAUACCCUGAUCGAAAGCUGCCGGCGACCAUGGACGGCGCUGGUGGAGCGAGGAUGGGAAGCCGUCAACGGAUACGACAAGGAUCCUGUCGAAAUUGCCAAGAGAGCUGACCAUGCUGCUGUCUUCCUACCGCUACGGAAGCUGUUCAUCCGCGCCAGACGGCAUCGGGAGUCGGAGAUUGCCCGUCUCAAAGCGAACCAGGAAGAGGCGCGUCGUCUGGAUUUUGCUGAGCGCAUGAACCCUGCCCAAGCCCGCUUCGGACCGGUUCCUGGGGCCGAAAACAGGAUGGAACAGAUCAGAGAGAAGUGGAGGAUGCUGACACGGCCAGAUGGUGCCAGCCCUCUGCCGUACACCUUUGCUUCUCAGCAGCAGUCUACGGGCGUACAGUCGGCAGCAGACGGCGCGUCUGUGAACGCGUCCAUGUCGACGGAAACGACGCGGUCGCAGCACUUGAAACCUCCGGGCGAUCCCGUGCCUCUCCAGAUGGACUUGUCAUUUGAGGCGAUGCAGUACAUGGACGACCUCAUGUCCCAGCCGAAUCUCAACAUGGCGGAGUUCUACAACGUUGCCGGCGACGAUAAAAAUACGAACGUGUCCUCCACGGCCAGUCCGAUGCCCGACUUUUCGAAUGUCGUGACGGCACAACAGGAGGCGGCCCUGCGGCAACAGGCGCUCACUCUUCAAACGCAGCCUCCCAAGGACAGCCAUGUCCCGCCAUACCUGUGGAGCGACCCUUUCACGGUGAUGAACACCAAAUUUGAAGAGGGCCAGAUGGUGGAGGACACGGACAUGCUUGGUGACGACUUCAACUGGCAGGACUGGAGCCAGAGCAUUCGCGGGCUGGAGAUGGAGAGCACGGAACCGCCGAAAGGAUGGUAAAGGGUCGCAAUGCGAAUGAUGACUUCUGGAAACGAGAACGAGAAAUAUGAUGCGCAAGGGAAUUCAUUUGGCGAGGUAGGAGUUGUCAUGCUACUUUCAGCAAGUGGCGUCUGGGCGCCUGGAGUGGCGAUCGUUGUAGAGUGUACGAUCGAACCAUCCUCAGAAUAAGGGGACUUAUGGACGAUUCAAUAUGAAGCAUUCUUCUUGGAUUGAGGCCAAGAUGCCAGAGUCGCCCCCUUUGGGCUUGUGUUGACAUGGAGGUACCGCUAUAUCGGACAGGUCCCAGUGGCGUAUCUGCCUUGGCACAUACCACUCAAGAGGACCCAGAAGUACCAAUCUAGUACCAAGGUAGGGACUCUAUGGCAAGUGCUCGAGAAGCUCGGCCCUCCGGUCAAUUGCGCGACUUUAGGUGAGCCGGGUGAGCCAUGCGGGUGUGGUCUCGCGACCUAUGCAAUGCAACUAUAU